AUGUUGUUCUUACAAACCCUCGCCAUUGGCAGUAUGCUGGCCUGGAACGCGAACGCAAAUGCAGUGGCAGCUCUUGUUCCCCGGCAGAACGUCAACCCUGGUCCCGUCAAAGGGGAUACCUUCAUCCACGAUCCAACGGUUGUUAAGACUCCCGGCGGUUCGUAUAUUGCCGCAUUCACGGGUGAUAAUAUUCAGAUGAAGCAAUCCAGUGAUAGAACAACCUGGCGAGAUGUAGGAGCAGCCUUUCCUAGCGGCGCAUCUUGGACUACUCCUUACACCAACGGCGACAAGAAUCUCUGGGCACCAGACCUUUCCUACCACAACAGUCAAUACUACAUGUACUACUCGGCCUCCUCUUUUGGAUCUUCCAAGUCAGCUAUCUUUCUUGCCACAAGUAAGAGUGGUCUUCCCAACACAUGGACCAACCAAGGUCUUGUCAUUGAGUCCACAACUUCAAGCGGUUACAAUGCUAUCGACCCCAACUUAAUCGUUGAUGCAUCGGGGAAAUGGUGGCUGUCUUUCGGUUCUUUCUGGUCCGGCAUCAAACUGGUCCCUCUAAAUGCUUCCACUGGCAAGCCUUCAAGUAGCACACUCACUUCCCUCGCGUUUCGUCCGACAAAUGGCGGAGCCGUGGAAGGCCCAUUCAUCACACGAAAGGACAGCUACUACUAUCUUUGGGUUUCCUUUGAUGCUUGUUGCAAGGGUGCAGCUAGCACGUACAACAUCAGAGUCGGUCGCUCUACGAAAGUCAACGGUCCCUACGUCGACAAGGCAGGCGUAGAUAUGAUGAAAGGCGGUGGUACUCUGAUGAUGUCCAGUCAUGGCUCCAUCCAUGGACCUGGCCACAACGCCGUCUUCACCGACACCGAUGGCGACGUACUAGUAUAUCAUUAUUAUAGAGAUGAUGGUGUUGCACAGAUGGGAAUCAAUUUGAUACGUUACGACAGUGGCUGGCCUGUCAUUUACUGA